AUGCAACAUGGUGAUAGAGGAAUUAGAACAGAUUGUUCGCGUGAUUAUACCAAUGAGUUCACAACGCACCAGAUAUUUGAAAGUAAGGCUGCACUACUUCAAUGGAUUCGUAUAACUGGAAAAGAAAACAAUUGUGUGAUUGUGAUUGAAAGGUCUGAUUCGGCAAAAUGGGGUGACAAGAGGAGGAAACCAAAAGUUAGAUUUUGCUGUGAGAGGAGUGGCAAAUACAGAGAGUUUGAGGGAAAGAUUAAGAUUGGUGGAGAAAAUAAUCUUGAAUCUCAAGUUGCAUGUGGAGUGCACAAUCAUGUAUCCCCAUCAUAUCUUGAAGGUCAUUCUUACGCAGGACGGUUAAAUACUGACGAGCAAGCCUUAUUGGUUAACAUGUCAAAGAGUUUGAUGAUACCCAAAGAUAUAUUGAAUGCCAUCAAGAGCAGAGAUCCAACUAAUACAUCAACGUUGAGAACAAUAUACAAUGCUAGGCAAGCAGCUCGUGUGAGGUCUAGGGCAGGAAGAACUCAAAUGCAACAUUUGCUCAAAAACUUGCAUGACCAUCAUUAUAUUGAGUAUCACAGGAGUGUAAAUCAUGUGGUCACUGACUUAUUUUGGUGUCAUUCCUUCAGUCUUCAGAUACUACGUACGUUCCCACAUGUACUUAUCAUGGAUUGCACCUACAAAACGAACAGGUAUCGUUUUCCUCUUUUCGAGAUUGUGGGGAUUACAUGUACAAAAAAAACUUUCAAUGUUGCAUUUGUUUACAUGUCAAAAGAGGCAGAGGAUAAUUAUACAUGGGCACUUAGCAGGUUAAAGAUUAUUUUAGGUGGUAAUGAUUCCAUGCCUGAGGUUAUUGUCACAGAUCGUGAAUUAGCACUCAUGAAAGCCGUUCACCAAGUAUUUCCUGAAACUCGUCACAUUUUGUGCAAGUGGCAUAUCAGUAAAAAUGUACUGAAAAAAUGCAAGGCGAGCUUUGCUACGAAAGCCGGGUGGGAAAUGUUUAUUACGGAUUGGAAUAGUUUGGUGGAUUCCCUAACUGAGGAUGACUAUCUGAGGAACCUUGCUGCUCUAGAAGUGAAAUAUUUUGCAUAUGCUAAGGAGAUGAAUUAUCUGAAGACCACUUGGCUAAAUAAGUAUAAGGAAUUGUUUGUUGCGGCAUGGACAAGCAAAUACAUGCAUCUUGGUGCUAGAACUUCCAACCGUGCUGAUAAUAUUGGACAAGAACUUGCAUUAUGCAAUUGUGCUAUUCGAAAAACGCAUGGACUGCCUUGCGCACAUGAGAUAGCUGAAUAUAAACUUCGUGACCGUCCCAUACCACUAUCAUCUGUGCAUCGCCACUGGAGAAGGUUAGAGAUCAUAACAACUACAGAAGACUCGGAAUUACCUGACAAAGUUCCUGUAAAAACUCAUUUAGAUCGCUUAGCAGAGUGGGCUGAAGUACAAGAUGAGGAAACAAAACGUCAAAUAUUGGUGAAGAUCGAUGAGCUGAUGAAUCCAAGUUGUACCUUACUUAAAGAACCAGCUGAAAAGAUAAAAACUAAAGGCCGUCCAAGUAAGGUAGACGCUAGUACACGUCGUUGCCCAUCCGGAUUUGAGAUCGUAGAUGCAUUGUUAUCUGAGCGUGAUAGUCCAUCUUCAAUACCAAGUGCUCAAAAGGGAACUAGUACGUCACAUGGCAAGAAAGCAAAUGAUCAAGCUGAGAAAACUAAGUCAAACAAACCAACUUCAAAAGAUCCAAGGUUUGAGAUAACUCAAAAGUAUUCAAUGCAAUAUAUCUUUGGCAUGAGGCCAUAUAUUACCGGUUCAAUGGAUGUUGAAGAUGAUGGUAAUUGUGAUUUUAGAGUUGUAGCAGCAGCUAUGGGUUUCGGUAGAAAACAUUGGCGUAAAGUGAGAACUGAUUUAAUAAAUGGAGAUGAGUUAGAAGGCAUCCCUAAUAUUUAUGAAGGUCUCUUUGGAGGACCAUCUGGUGUCGAACGACUUCAUCGUCGACUAAACCAUUUUGCAUCUAAUAUGGCACCCAAAGCAAGAUGGAUGGAUUGUCCAGACAUGGGCCAUUUAAUAGCAACUUGUUAUGGAGUACUGGUGGUGAACAUAUCAGAUGGUCAAUGCUUCACAUUUCUUCCAUUACAUGAGUAUGUUGAGGGAAAGCUAAUGGAAGCAGACUUGCAUGAGAUAGGCAUUGGAUUUGUGAACAGUAAUCACUUUGUGCAGAUUUGCUUUGUGCCAGGACACCCACUGCCCCCGGUUCCACCAAAUUGGAUAUACCAUGCCGACGAUGCAGCUAAGAGUUUGUACCUUCGAUAUCAAGAUCGUUUCCAGCAAUAUACUCAGUUGCCACAUCCUGAAAGAGUAGUCAAUACAUCCUCAAGUAUUAUGGUAUUUGAUGAUGAACAAACCACUCCAUUUGUUGAUGUUAUAAUGUUCGACGAAGACAAUGCAAUACAUCUUAGCGAUCACUGA